AUGGCCUCAGAGACCGUCAACGAAAAGGCGACUACGCCUGUUGCUACAGUCGCAACCACCCCACAAGAUACCCCCAGCGGGAAGCCCACUACAAUCGUCACAACCAGCGAGGCCCUCGUCUGCCCCGAACCAGACUACCGCCGUCCCUCCGAGGUCUCAACGCCCGCGUCUUCCCGUGAACUGAACCCUUUCGACACCGACAUCGAGGCCAUGAUCUCGACUCGAACCACGCGCGAGGACGACAGCUGUGGCAUGAAGUCCACGAGCAAGGGCCAGCUGAAGGGCAGCGCAGACGGCCAGGUGUGGCCAGGCCAGGCCCACUGGAAGAAGAAGGCCAAGGCGAACAAGCUGAACCAGCGCUCGUGCCAGUGCCUCGCCAAGAUGAGCAAGCGGAACAGGAUCCUCGUCAAGGUCGCCAUCAUCGUACUGGUGGUACUGACGGCAGUGGGAGUGGGAUUCGGCAUCAGCAAACCACUCGGUGCCGGAAUCUGGAAGCCCAAUGGCAAUUGA